AUGAUAGCAACCGGAGGAGUCAUAACAGGACUGGCUGCCUUAAAAAGGCAAGACUCUGCCAGAUCUCAGCAACAUAUAAAUCUUGCCACAGCACCAGCUUCUGAGGAGAAGAAACCAGUUAGGCGCCGGCCCAGGGCAGAUGUAGUAAUUGUCAGGGGCAAAAUCCGCCUCUAUUCUCCAUCGGGAUUCUUCCUUGUUUUGGGAGUGCUUAUCGCAUUCUUGGGAAUUGCAAUGGCCAUCCUUGGAUACUGGCCCCAAAAGGAACAGCUUUUAGGAUCUGAAGAUAAUCUAACUGUAAAUGAAACCCAGGUCCUGAGAAGCCAAGGAAGCAUUUUACUUCGUUUCUUCGAACAGCAUGUGCACUCCCAUAAGAUGAAAAUGCUGGGCCCUUUUACUAUGGGCAUUGGAAUCUUCAUUUUUAUUUGCGCAAAUGCCAUUCUGCAUGAAAACCGUGACAAAGAAACAAAAAUCAUACACAUGAGAGACAUAUACUCCACUGUAAUUGACAUCCACACCCUGAAGAUCAAGGAACAAAAGCAGCUGAGUGGUGCCUUCGCUGGUUUGUUGGGGGAAGGAGAACUCGGGCACAGCAGGAGCUCUUGUGCGUCACGGCUGGCUGCAAACACAGUUGCGCCUUUCUCUGGCUUCAAGAGUAAUUUUAGAAUGGAUAGUUCUGCUGAAGAAGAUGAGAUUACCCUAAAUGAAGAUAGGACCACUGGUAGCCUCCUGCCACCUCUGCUGACUGAGCAAUCCGGUUCAGUCUUUGGACUUUACCCUCACUCCAGCAAGGCUUCAGAUGACAAAAACACUAGCUCUAUAAAGUGUGAAACAAAAUCCAUUGUAUCAUCUUCCAUUAGUGCUUUCACACUGCCAGUAAUUAAACUGAAUAACUGUGUUAUUGAUGAGCCCAGUAUAGACAACAUAACUGAGGACUCGGAAAUCACUAGGAGUCGGUCUAGAAAUCUGUCGAUGGAUUCUCUGGCCAUUCCGCUAACUGAUACCAACGAAUCCUACAGACCGGCCGCUACCAUGCUGCCACGACACAACUCAUUUGUGGACCCUCCAUCUGAUCAGUUCAAAUCUUCUAUGACUCUCGGACCAGGCACAGGAAAGCUUUUAUCCCCUGGCACUGCCAGGAAACAGUUUGGGUCCAACACAUCUUUGCACCUUCUGUCUUCACACUCAAAGUCCCUGGACUUGGACAGGGGUCCAUCUACGCUCACUGUCCAAGCUGAACAAAGGAAACACCCCAGCUGGCCCAGACUGGAUCGGAGCAACAGUAAAGGAUAUAUGAAACUAGAAAACAAAGAGGACCCAAUGGAUAGGUUACUUGUGCCACAAGCAGCAGCCAAGAAAGACUUUACUAAUAAGGAAAAGCUUCUUAUGAUAUCAAGAUCUCAUAACAAUUUGAGUUUUGAACAUGAUGAGUUUUUGAGUAACAACCUAAAGCGAGGAACUUCUGAAACAAGAUUUUAA